AUGCCUGUCAAUCCCCACCUCACCAUCAGGCAGGAAAAGGUGGUCCUUGUUGGGGCCUCCUAUUGGUUGUGUUUCGCUUUCGUUUUUCCCUAUUGGCCCACUCCAUUAGGUCGGGAGCCCGUGGGGCGGGACUUAAACCAGGGCUGUUUUACCCAGUCAGCCAGUCAAACUGAAGUCGGAAGCCUGAGGGGAAAGAAGCAUCUACCACGCUGCUCGGGGAAAGAGUAUUCCAAGGGAGACAGCCGUUACAUCAUUUGUGACAACUUUAUCGUCUGUAUGGAGACCAUCACAGCUAGCAUGUGGGGACCACUCAGCCUGUGGGUAGUGAUUGCCUUUCUCCGCCAACAACCAGUUCGUUAUGUUCUACAGCUCAUAGUCUCUCUGGGCCAGAUCUAUGGAGAUGUUCUGUACUUCCUGACAGAAUAUCGAGAUGAAUUCCAGCAUUCGGAGAUGGGCCACCCAGUCUAUUUCUGGUUUUAUUUUGUCUUCAUGAAUGCCUUAUGGCUGGUGAUACCUGGAAUCCUCUUGCUCGAUUCUGUGAAGCAGCUUAGUCAUGUUCAGAGUAUGUUGGACUCCAGAGUCACAAAAGCCAAGAGGAAGUUAAACUAACGACCAGUGGACUGAACUGGAGGACUUCGUGAAGACGCACUCUCCAUUUGCCAGAAGAAUCUAAACCUGAUCUCACAUGUUGGAGGAACAAAGCGAACUGAUCUCUCAUAUUCAGGCCAGUAACCAAAAAAUUAAGGGCUAUAUUGGAAGUAUUGUCAGGGGCAAUUGGGAAAAAGAAUCUUUACAACCAGUUAAUAAAAGCUCUUCAAUCUAA